CGCCGCGCACGCCUUCGUGGCUUCGUCGCCUUUGCCCUUUGCGAUUUGCGUCGCGGGGAGUGUUUGGAUGCUGCCUGCGCUGAGCUGCUUUUGCCUUUGCAUGCCGCCUAUUUAUAGAGCCACCCAACCAGCCAACCCCGGCAAGGCAAGUGAGCAGCACAGCAGCAGCAGCAGCAGCAAGCAAAGAAGCCCGCGGCUGGCCUCCGUACCCCGCCGGCCGGACGUGCGCGUGGUAGCUAGUUUUUCGGUCAGGCCAGAGCUGAUCGUCUCCUGAUAAGCAAGCGCCGCACGGCAACGGCACACGCGACGUGGAGGUGUAUAAGUACGGGUGCGUCUCCCGCUGCUGCCUGCCGCGACAUCUCCCGCUCCCGCUCCCUCUCGCUCUCUCGCCGGUGCGAGCGCUGAGAGCUCAGGCGAGGAGCGUCUAGCUAGCUCAGUACCUGGUUGAAGCAGAGCAUGGAGGACAACGGUGCCGCUGCCGCCAACGCUGCUCCAGCGACGAGCAUGCUGCCAGCUGCCGAGAAGCACGUGGCGAUCCCUGAUGACGCCGCGGCGGCGGCGGCAGCUACGAACGCUACCGCCGGCGAGGAGAACAAGGUGGAGGAGGAGGACGCGCCGGAGCCCGCAUUAUUGGCCUGCGGGCCGAGGAAGACGGGGCUCCAUCUUUUCGUCAUGAACAUCAGGAGCGUCUUCAAGCUCGACGACCUCGGAUCGGAGGUGCUCCGCAUUGCAGUGCCCGCCUCGCUCGCUUUGGCGGCCGAUCCGCUCGCCUCCUUGGUGGACACGGCGUUCAUCGGCCGUUUAGGUUCGGUGGAGAUUGCCGCUGUUGGUGUUUCAAUCGCCAUAUUUAACCAGGUCUCGAAAGUCUGUAUCUACCCUCUUGUUAGCGUUACAACAUCAUUUGUCGCGGAGGAAGACGCUAUCAUCAGUAAAGCUAUCGAAGAAAAGAGCAGUCAAGACCUGGAGAAAGCUUCCCAUGUGGAUUCAGAAACCAACAAUUUGCCUGCAUCUGGUCCUGAUUUGGCAGAAUGCGUGAACUCAUGCAUCCCCACAGAGUGUACAGAUCUCCCCAACCAAGGGUGCAAGAAGAGGUACAUACCAUCGGUCACGUCAGCACUAAUAGUUGGUUCAAUUCUCGGACUGCUUCAGGCUGUCUUCCUGGUUUUUUCAGCGAAAUUUGUACUAAACAUCAUGGGUGUUAAAUCUGGAUCCCCAAUGCAAAAACCUGCAGUUCGCUACCUAACAAUAAGAUCUCUUGGUGCCCCUGCUGUGCUAUUGUCUCUGGCCAUGCAAGGGGUUUUCCGGGGAUUCAAGGACACGAAGACACCAUUAUAUGCUACUGUGGUCGGGGACGCGGCGAACAUCAUACUAGACCCAAUUUUGAUGUUUGUUUGCCAUAUGGGCGUCACUGGUGCAGCUAUUGCUCAUGUUGUUUCUCAGUACCUGAUAACAUUGAUAUUGUUGUGCCGGCUCGUCCAGCAAGUUGAUGUUAUCCCACCUAGCAUUAAAUCUCUGAAAUUUGGGCGAUUUCUUGGAUGUGGAUUCCUACUGCUUGCAAGGGUUGUUGCGGUGACGUUCUGCGUCACGUUGGCGGCGUCCCUGGCUGCUCGCCAUGGACCAACCAUCAUGGCAGGCUUCCAAAUCUGCUGUCAGCUCUGGCUGGCCACAUCUCUCCUUGCCGAUGGAUUGGCCGUGGCAGGACAGGCAGUGCUUGCAAGUGCGUUUGCCAAGAAUGACAAGAAGAAGGUUGUUGCCGCGACGUCCCGUGUGUUGCAGCUGAGCAUUGUCCUGGGCAUGGGUCUCACUGUCGUGCUGGGACUUGCUAUGAGGUUCGGGGCUGGCAUUUUCACAAGCGACCUGCCCGUGAUCGAAGUCAUUCACAAAGGCAUCCCGUUUGUUGCCGGCACACAGACCAUCAAUUCCCUGGCCUUCGUGUUUGAUGGCAUCAACUUUGGAGCAUCAGACUACACAUACUCUGCUUACUCCAUGGUUGCUGUUGCGUCCGUGUCGAUACCAUGCUUGGUGUACCUUUCUGUGCAUAACGGAUUCAUCGGUAUAUGGAUCGCAUUGACGAUCUACAUGAGCCUGAGGACCAUAGCUAGCACCUGGAGGAUGGGGGCAGCCAGGGGACCAUGGAAGUUUCUCCGGAAGUGAUGAUGGAUUGGCUUCGAAGAUGAUCUGUGGCACACUGCUGAUAGAUAAGGCUGCACAGGCGCCUCUCAUGUAGCAUCAGCAUAGUAUAGUACGUGUUCUGCUGGUGUUGGAUAUCGGAGGUAGAUGUAGCUAUGGGCCUAUCCGUUUCCUGAUCGUCUGACUUGUGGCCUUGCGUGGAGAGUUUACGUUGCCCCUUCGAUUCAUGUUGUAUCACGCCAGGAUGGCAGUUUUAAUACUGUACCAUGCAUCGGUGUCUUUCUAUAGUAAUUCCAUUCUUAUCUCCCUUAUA